AUGUGGCAGUUUCCUGCUCUGUUCCUCCUUAUCCUCCCAGGCUGCUUCACUGCUCAGGAUCCAGUCACAGGUCCACAGGAGGUGAGCGGUCAGGAGCAGGGCUCCUUGACAGUGCAGUGCCGAUAUGCCUCAGCCUGGAAGGGUUACAACAAGUACUGGUGCCGAGGAGGUAAUCAGGUAACAUGUGAGCUUCUUGUUGAAACCAAUGGAUCAAAACAGUUGGUGAAGAAGAACCGUGUGUCCAUCAGGGAUGACCAGACAGACUUCAUCUUCACAGUGACCAUGGAGGAUCUGAGGAUGAGUGAUGCUGGCAUUUACUGGUGUGGAAUUACACAAUCUGGAAAGGAUCCCAUGUUUAAAGUUAGUGUGGACAUUGACCCAGGCUGCUGCACUGAUCAGCAUUCAGUCACAGGUCCACGGGAGGUGAGCAGUCAGGAGCAGGGCUCCUUGACAGUGCAGUGCCGAUAUGCCUCAGCCUGGAAGGGUUACAACAAGUACUGGUGCCGAGGAGGUAAUAGGAAAAGAUGUGAGCUUCUUGUUGAAACCAAUGGAUCAAAACGGUUGGUGAAGAAGAACCGUGUGUCCAUCAGGGAUGACCAGACAGACUUCAUCUUCACAGUGACCAUGGAGGACCUGAGGAUGAGUGAUGCUGGCAUUUACUGGUGUGGAAUUGCAAAAGUUGGAAGGGAUCCCGUGUUUAAAGUUAGUGUGAACAUUGACCCAGCCCCAGAAAGUUCAACUAUGAUCACCAUAGCCACAGUUCUGACAUACACAUCACCAACCAUGGUGAAUACUGGGAUGGAGAACAUUGGCAAUGGAUCAGUGUCUCAAAGCAGUCCCCACACCAGGUCCCUGCUGAGCAGUUCCUCCUUCCAGCUGCUGGUCUUUCUGAAGUUACCCCUGUUCCUGUGCAUGCUCAGUGCUGUCCUCUGGGUGAACAGGCCUCAGAGAUGCUUUGAGAGAGGUGAAGUUGGCCUGGUGAAGACCCAUAGUUCUGUUGCCUGGAACAGAGGGAAAAACUUCUCAGGAGAUGGAAAAUGA